CAUUUGUUGCUUAGUAUUUCUUUUUCUUUUCGUUAUUUUUGGGAGGGGUGUUCAUUACGGUUCUUGCAUUUUACCUUCAUUUCACCACUAGCUAAUGACAAGCAUGACGAUUCUUCCUGCUACUCCUGCUACUCCUACUCCUACUACUACUGCUACUAGUACUACUAGUGCUAGUACUCCUCUCAUUAGCCUUACAGCUACUCAUGCAAAAGAGGGACAAGCACAACAACAACAACAGGACGACGACGAGGACAAGAAAGAGGACAGAGAGGAUGUAGAGAGUAACGCGUCAACGGAAUCGACUUGCAGUACGUGCACGUCGAGUAGUGGCUCAACGUCUCGCUCGCGCUCUCGGUCUCGCUCUCGUUCACCUGCCCAGUCAGUCUCCUCCACUUCCUCUUCCUCUCUCCACGACGACACCAUUCCAGACCAUGCCACCCUCCAAGCUAUUGCAGACCUGAAGCGGCCCCGUGGAAGGCCGCGCAGGGCAAAAAAUCAUCCCGUCGCUGCAUUAUUAAAAGACUCGCCUCCUCCAGGUCAACCACAAACGGAAGCAAACGAAAACUCGCGCAAGGGCCUCGCUCAAAAUUUGCGUACAACUCACUCUGUUCUCGUCGAACACGGCCUCGUCAACAAGGAUGGAAACCCCUUUCCCGUCUCGGCCUCUUCCUUGUCCCAGUACAUUGGCCUCCAAGCAGAACGCAUGCGCAGAGGUGAAAUUCAAUUCUCGUCCUUGAAUUGGUACUUGCACUCGAUGCGCAAGCUGCACAAUGAAAAUGGCUGGGAAUGGGACAGCGUCCGAAAGCAUCCCACUGUCGUUGAGGCCUGGAAUGCCGCAAAGGCGCUCACGACUGAAGCCGCUGCCGUUCGCGCCAGACAGCGUGCCGCAAAAGAACUCUUGGCAAAGGAACAUGCCGAAAAGGAGGGAAGGCAGCGCCAUGCCGUCCCAAGUGCAAAGGCCUCGCGCAUUGCUCGUGUCAAAGAGUAUGACGAAGGCUCGCGAGGGAUUUUGACAGAUGAUGAAGAAGCGGCCGCAGCGAGUUUGGCCUCGUUGGCGGGCGGCAUGCAGCAGCAGCAGCAGCAACAGCAACAACAACCAUCACAGAAUCGUGGCUCGCGGCGUACCUCGCUGCAGCGAUUGGACUUUUCGGGCAACCAACCCAGCAUGGUCGUGUCCUCUCGCGCGUUGGAAGAAGAAAAGAAACCCGUUGCGGAUUCCUCCAUGGAGGCAACCCAUUGGCAUAAUAAUGUCCCUUUGCCCGCCUCGGCAUCCACACCUAGCGGUGAAUCCGGCCAACCCCUUCCCAGCCCCAUUUCGUCCCCGACCUCUUCUUCUGCCGACCGCAAACACACUGACGCCAAUGGCAUGCCCAUAUACAAGGACUCUAAAUGGUCUACCGAUCACAAGACUGGUGCUGCUGCUACUCCUGGUAAUGGCGGCGGCAGCGGUGGUAUGUCUGACCAAGAAUUAUUAGACAUUAUGGCCCAAGCCCGUCGUGAAAUUGAGCGCUUUCGCCGCUUUCCUUCUGAAUACGCCUUUGUCCAGCGUUCUAUGGAUACGCCGCGCCGUUUACCCGAUCCAUGGAUGUCCUACCCCCAUCCCCACGAUCCCCAUCACCACCCUCACCAUCACCCCCAACAACCAUCGCAAGCGCUAGCACCAUCCCCGUCCCAAGCCCAACAUCAGCAUGCCCAACAACCACAACAACAACACGUGAGCGCAUACUAUUCCCCGUUUGCCAUGACACCCUCGCCCUACCCCACCAUGCCCCUUCCUCUGAAACGCAAGCGCGCGACAAAGCCAAAGAAACCAGCGCGGAGAAGGACAAAGCGGGAGGAUGAGGAGGAGGGUGGGUAUUAUUAUGAAAAAUAUCCGGCGUAUGAGUAUGGGUAUGCUACGUGAAAACCUUUUUUUUUGGUGUGCAGCGGUUGGGUGGGAUGAUGUGAUGCAUUUGAGGUUUGUUUUGUUUUGGUUAGCAUGAAUGUUUUUUUUGCAUAUUAGCAUGUUGUUUUUCUUUUUUUUUCUGUAUGUGUGUGUGUUGUUAUUGAGUUGCGUAUGUUGCGUGUGUGUGUGUGUCUGUUCUUUUUCAUUCCUUGUUAUUUUGUAUAUUGUAUAUUUUGAAAAGGAGUAUCAAGCAUAUGUGUGAAGUUGUCG